AACUUUUUGCGAGAUCCUGCAAAACUUUUUGCGAGAUCCUGCAAAACUUUUGCGAGAUCCUGCAAAACUUUUUGCGAGAUCCUGCAAAACUUUUUGCGAGAUCUCGCAAAUGCUGUCACAGGGGUUAUAGGUCAGUGUUUUUCUUCCGGUUCAAUUCAACCAAAACAAUGGAACGCACGCAUCCGUGGGAGAGGUUCAUAGAAUUUUAUUUUCAGAUUGGCCUCAAAUAUAAAGAUAUUAAAACAGUUCUUGGACGUAGGCACGGUUUUCAUUUAAGCGAGAGACAUCUGAAAAGAAUACUUAAAGCAAGGGGACUAUCCCGUCGCAGAGCUUACUCUGACCUGGCGGUUAUGGUUGAAUUCAUUAGCAACCAACUGCAGUAUUCUGGGCAGCUUCACGGGUACAGGUGGAUGUAUGCGAAGUGCAGGGAACAUGGACUACGUGUGAAGAAAGAGGAUGUGCGCUUGGUGCUGAAGGAGCUGGAUCCCAGAGGGGUGUCACUAAGGCAGGCAAGACGUCUUAGACGACGGAACUACUUCUCAAGAGGGCCGAACUUCAUCUGGCACCUGGACUCAUAUGAUAAACUGAAGCCAUAUGGUAUUUGUGUAAAUGGGAGUAUUGACGGCUUUUCGAGGAAAAUAAUCUGGCUUAACGCCUACACAACAAACAGUGACCCGAAAUUGAUCGGAGGGUAUUACAUAGAAACAGUGCAGCGUUUGGGAGGCUGCCCUAGAGUCAUGAGAGGCGAUCUCGGAACCGAAAAUGGCUAUGUUCGAGGCUUUCAGCGCUUCCUUGUUCCUACUGACCCAAACAGCACCCUUGAUAGCUACUUGGAGGGAGCAAGCACCGCCAAUCAAAGAAUCGAAUAUUGGUGGAGUUUUCUUCGCAAGGAGUGUGUCGAGUUCUGGCUAUCCUUGUUUGCAGACCUGAGAGACAACGGAUUCUUUGAUGGUGGCUUUUUGGACAAAAGCCUCCUUCAGUUUUGUUGCAUGGGACUCAUCCAGGAUGAGUUGGAUGACACUGCACAGGUGUGGAACGCACACACAAUCAGGCCAUCAAAAAACAGGAACGUCCCCAGCGGUCGGCCCAACGUGAUGUACACAUUACCUGAACUCUACGGGACAAGAGACUUCCUUUCCCCAGUAAGGGGUGAAAAUGUUCAAAUGUGCAAAGAUGAAUGUGUAUUUCGCCUGACCAUACCCUGCGAUCCAGAUGUUUAUGAACUAUGCAAUAUGCUUAUGACUGAGUCCCAUUUGACUAUACCAACGGAUCCAUAUCAGGCUGUGAACUUGUACAUGCACCUAAGAGUGGCCAUAAGUGCAUCUUUGUAACUAGCUAAAGUAUUUGGUGGUGUCCUGAAGGGGUCAGUGAGUGGAGCCAUGAAGUGGGGGGAGCUGUUUUUACCUCAAGUUUUCAUGUAAUUAUUUUUUAUAUUGUUGGAGGGGGAAAAAAGCUGCACAAAUGCUUAAUCUUGUUAACAGUGUGACAAUCUGUUUAUUAAUUAUUAAAUUUUGUGUAAACA